AUGAUCGCCUCCGAAAUCAACCCGAAACACAACGACCACGACCAUAACCCUCUACCCGGAACUCGACAUCUUCUAGCCGAAUCAAACCGGUUAACUUCCCGGUCCGCCGUUAACCGACCGGAGCAGAUCCAUUUAAGCUACACAGAUACGGUGAACGAGAUGCGAGUGAUGUUCGUCACAGGAGACGGUGAAGAACGAUCAGCUCGAUACGGAGAGGUCAAGGAGAGGCUCGACAACAUUACCGUAGCGCGUGGAGUUCGGUACGAGAAGGAACAUAUGUGCCACGCGCCGGCGAACUCCACAAUCGGAUGGAGAGAUCCAGGUUGGACAUUCGACGCCGUCAUGAAGAAUCUGAAAGCAGGGAUUAAGUACUACUAUCAGGUUGGGAGUGAUUCCAGAGGAUGGAGUGAGAUUCACAGCUUUGUUUCUCGAGACGAGAACUCAGAGGAAACUCUAGCUUUCAUGUUUGGUGAUAUGGGAUGUUCAACACCUUACAGAACAUUUAUCCGUGGAGAAGACGAGAGUUUAUCAACUGUGAAAUGGAUCUUGAGAGACAUCGAAGCUCUAGGUGAUGGUAAACCUGCAAUAGUCUCACACAUCGGAGAUAUAAGCUACGCGCGAGGCUACUCGUGGAUUUGGGAUGAGUUCUUUGCUCAGAUUGAGCCAAUAGCUUCUAAGAUACCGUACCACGUGUGUAUCGGUAACCACGAGUAUGAUUGGCCUAACCAGCCAUGGAAACCAGACUGGGCUGCUUAUGUUUAUUUUUCAGACAGUGGUGGAGAGUGUGGAGUACCGUACAGUUUUAAGUUCAACAUGCCUGGAAACUCAUCGGAAGCAACGGGUAUGGUGAAAGGACCUCAAAGUCGGAACCUUUACUAUUCUUACGACAUGGGUUCGGUCCAUUUCGUUUAUAUCUCGACGGAGACGGACUUUCUCAGGGGAGGGAAGCAGUACCGUUUCUUAAAGAGUGAUUUAGAGUCUGUGAAUAGGAGCAAGACGCCGUUUGUUGUUGUUCAAGGACAUAGACCGAUGUACACUACGAGCACCAAGGUCAGAGACGCUGCGAUAAGGGAGAAGAUGAUCGAGCAUUUGGAACCGUUGUUUGUGAAGAACAAUGUGACGGUUGCUCUAUGGGGACACGUUCAUGUGUACGAGAGGUUUUGUCCGAUUAGUAACAACACUUGUGGUGAACGUUGGCAAGGUAAACCUGUUCAUCUCGUGAUUGGUAUGGCCGGAAAAGACACACAGCCGAGUUGGGAACCGAGACCUGAUCAUCAGGAUGUACCGAUCUUUCCUCAGCCUGCUCGGUCAAUGUACCGUGGAAGCGAGUUUGGGUACACUCGUUUGGUCGCUAACAAGGAAAGACUCACACUUUCUUAUGUUGGGAACCACGACGGAGAAGUUCAUGAUGUGGUUGAGAUUUUGGCUUCAGGGGAAGUUAUUAGUGGGACUAAUGAUGAUGAUGGUGAAGAGUCAAACUUUGGAUCUAAAUCUGAUUUUGCAGUCUUCUGGUACAUUGAAGGAGCAAGUGUGAUGGUUUUGGGAGUGGUUUUGGGGUAUCUUAUUGGGUUUUUUAGUCGUGGGAAGAAAGAAUCUGGAACUGGAGCAUUUACUAAUGGUCGAUGGAUCCAAGUGACGAACGAAGAGACAUGA